AUGCAAUUAACAUUACCUUUAUCUUUAAAAGGUAUGCUUGAACUUGAUCGUAAUCAAUUUACACAAAUAAUUACUGUACCUUAUAUUAUUAUUCCUGUUGAAUAUAUUCAAUUAAAACAAUUAAAAGAUAUUUUACUUAUUUUACCUUCAUUUAAAUGUGUUCGUGAUUUACAAUCAAAAAUAAAACAAAUUUUACUUGAUCCAGAUAUUAUUAAAACUAAAGAAGAUAUUAUUAAAUGUAUACCAUCUAUAGAAAAAUAUAUUGAACAAUCAUUUGAUUUUAUUCAAAUAACAAUAACAUAUACAAAUUAUACAAUUGAACAAAUUAUUAAAGCAAUUUUACCAGAUGAUUUAGUAAAAGAUAAAUGUGUUAAUACUGGUUCAGGUUAUAGUAUUAUUGGACAUAUUGCUCAUUUUAAUUUAAGAGAUGAAGUUUUGCCAUAUAAACAUAUUAUAGCUCAAGUAAUUCUAGACAAAUUACCAAAUGUAAAAACAGUUGUUAAUAAAUUACAUGAAAUCGAUUCUAUUUAUCGUAAUUUUGAAUUAGAAAUUCUUGCUGGUGAUCCAAAUACUAUUGUUAAAUGUCGUGAAAGUAAAGCAAUAUUUCAAUUUGAUUUUGCAAAAGUUUAUUGGAAUCCUCGAUUAAGUACAGAACAUGAACGUAUUAUUGAAAUUCUUUAUCCUAAUGAUAUUGUUUUUGAUGUAUUUGCUGGUGUUGGACCAUUUGUUGUACCAGCUUCUAUGCUUGGUUGUAUAAUUUAUGCAAAUGAUAUUAAUCCAGAAUGUUAUAAAUGGAUGAAUAUUAAUUUUAAAAAGAAUCAACCAAAAAAAUCCUCUCGAGAAUAUCAUAUAUUUAAUCUUGAUGGACGAGAAUUUUUAUGUACUAUUGCUUUAUUACAGAUUGAAAAUUAUCAAAAACAAUUCAUAGAAGAUAAAGAAAAAUUUCAAUAUUUAUCAAAUAGUAAAAUUGUUAUUUUAAUGAAUUUACCUGGACUUGCUCUAACAUUUUUGGAUGUUAUUUCUGAAUGGUUAUCAAUGAAUAUUGAAGAUAAAGAACAAUGGUUAUUACCAAUUCAUAUUUAUUGUUAUACAUUUUCAAGAGGUGAAAAUCGUAUUGAAGAUAUACAAAUAAGAUUAAAGUCAAUAAUACCAAAUAUAAAUCAUGAUCAAAUAUUAUAUCGAUUUGUUCGACAAGUUGCACCGAAUAAAGAUAUGAUGUGCGCACAUAUUAGUCUAUUUCAUAAGAAAAAGAAAUAUGAAUUAAUAACAAAUGAAAAUAAUAAUUGA